AUGGAUACCUUCCCGGCCACCUCCGUAGACGGCGACGAAAAUAUGAAUGAUGUCACUACGCUGCCGCUUCCGAAGACCUCCACUGCAACGGUUGAUGAGGCCGUCCUCCCCGGCACCGCCACCACAACAUCGGACACCAUAUCCGAGCCCGUGAACAGCAUCAAAGAAGAACCAGAAACUCUCGCGUCCGAAGAAAUUUCCUCCGACGAAAUCUCCAACCACGGAACUCCAAUUGCUCCGGAAUCCGACCAAAACGGAUCCCAGCAUUCCCCAAUUUCGCACCCUGAUUCGGAAGAAGAAGAGGAGGAGGAGGAGGAAGAGGAAGAAGAUGCCCCACCUAAGAAGCAAAAACAGCUAUCGGAUUUGCCCAAACCUGAACGCCUAGAUAAUGAUAUUGCCGAAAUACCCUCCGCCGUGGAAGAAACUACACCCCCCGCUCAAAAUGGAAAGGCGACAGCUUCGAAGUCGAGCAAGAAGUUGAAGAAGAAGAGCAAGGAUGUGUGGACGACGACCACAAGGAAGGGGAAGAAAAAGGCCAAAAACGCCUCCAAUGGAAACCACAAUUCCAAAAAUGCCACGGGUACCAACACGGCAACUGAAGAUAAGGUUUUGAUAACCCCUAUCCCGAGGUUCCCUGACAAAAGUGAUGAUUGCCCGGAUUUGAAGAUUUGCCUGUCGAAGGUUUAUAAGGCUGAAAAGGUGGAAUUAAGUGAGGAUAGAUUGAGUGCGGGCAGCACGAAAGGUUACAGAAUGGUUAGGGCGACAAGGGGGGUUGAAGAGGGCGCAUGGUAUUUCGAGAUUAAGGUGGUGCAUCUGGGUGAGACAGGGCAUACAAGGUUGGGGUGGUCCACAGAUAAAGGGGACUUGCAGGCUCCUGUGGGGUAUGAUGGGAAUAGCUUUGGAUAUAGGGAUAUUGAUGGGAGUAAAGUGCACAAGGCAUUGAGGGAGAAGUAUGGGGAGGAAGGAUAUAAAGAAGGUGAUGUUAUCGGUUUUUAUAUUAGUUUGCCAGACGGAGGGUCCUAUGCACCUGAUCCUCCACGCAUGGUUUUGUACAAGGGCCAGCGGUAUGUUUGUGCUCCCAAUCCCAAGGAGGAUCCCCCAAAAGUUGUGCCAGGAAGUGAGAUGUCUUUUUUCAAAAACGGUAUAUGCCAAGGUGUUGCUUUCAAGGAUCUUUAUGGUGGUCGUUACUAUCCUGCAGCUUCAAUGUAUACACUUCCGAACCAGCCCAAUUGUGUUGUCAAGUUCAAUUUUGGUCCCGAUUUUGAACAGUUCCCAGAUGACUUUGGUGAACGUCCUGUCCCAAGACCAAUGAUUGAAGUUCCUUAUCAAGCUGUUGAUGGCAGAGUUGAGAAUGGUAGUCCAUGGAAUAUCACCAGAAUGAGCCCCAUGUACAAAGUGGUAAAAGGGAAUACUACUGCUGAAAUGGGUGAUCAAGCUUGA